CGUACCGAGUGGCAUCUACCUGACCGUGUGAUGAGGCAAUUCGGGGGAGUACAGUUAACGGAUAUUCCACCGAUGGAACCAAAUUUCAGGAGGAUUGAUGGUAGAGGUCGAGCAGAUUUAGAUUGGACAAUUCAGUAUAGGGAUUACCUUGAGAUAUGGGAAGAAAGGAGAGCAUAUACUGUACCAAUAACUCCACCAGAAGGCACAGGUAACCGGGAGUUAGGCACUUACCUACGGUGGUAUAGAUCAUGGGCAUCGAUUUAUCUGUUGCAGCCACAGACGGAUCCACCUGAGACUUUCUUCCCUCGAUCUCCAGGAGAACGAUUAGUGGCUGACUACUACAUCCGUUCAACCGCACUUAUAGAGCCAUUGGUUGGAGGUCAAGGACAAAAUGCAAGUUCAUUGCAGUUAGCAGUUGACCAGGUUGCUGAAUUAUCGGCUAGAGUGCAACGUUCAGUUUAUAUCGACUAUACAACUUUUGACACCACAAUAGAAGAACGGAGUCAAGGUAGGGCUGAAGAUGCAAGACGAUCUACCUCUGAUGCUCCUUCUAGAUCCAUGAGAAGUCGUCGACGCCAAAAUACGGAGCGUGAACCAUCUAGACAUUCAAUGCAUAUUCCGUCGUCCGCCUAUGACAUGACUGGGGAAGGGCCAUCAACACAACAUUAUAGCACGUUUCCUAUGCAAGAAAGUGGUACACAUGAAAUAUAUUACGGUACACCAUCUCAGCAUCCCACAACACAUUCAUUUUUCCCAGUUUCAGUCCCAGAGUGGAUGUCAAAUGUAGGGUUACCGUCCUCCCCCACACAGCAAGAUAUACUAUUAAUGGGAGGAGUAACACCACAACAAUACCCUGUUGCGGCACAACGACCACCAGAAUUACAAGAACAAGAAGAGGAUUUUAUUGAGGAAGAGCAACAGCUACAACGACGAAGAAGAAGGGCCCCAGAUAGGUAUACUCCCGGUAGUAGGGCUCUCCGGCGUCAUCGUUAGAUACUCUGUAAUAAUAAUUUCUCUAGUUUACGCUGCGUUCAGUAUUUCCGUGUGAAUGUAAAUGUUAAUGUUUGGUGACAACUAAGGUUUUAUUGCA